AUGGCGGGCAAAUUAUCAAGUGUACUUCGGCUAUAUUGUAUUCUUUUUGCCAUCCCUGUGUGCUAUGCUGCCGAAGAUAGUGGAAUUUUACCUGAAAGUGACGUUAUAAAAGGUAGUUUUAAUAAGAAUGGAUUUCACAGGGGGUGAGAUAAUUCCGUGGCAUGUUUUAUUAGCUACUGCAGAGGUAAUUAAGAUCAGAUAAUCGCAAAUUUCUUAAUCGCUAACCCUCAUUCUAAACUUUCUUUUACAGCUGAGGUCGAAGAGAGCUCUGGUCCAAUGGACAUUAAUGACACAAUGUUAGAGGAAGCCAUCCAAACAAUGAACAAAACGACCAUCGUAGAUGUGAAUAAUGGCACCAUUUCCGAAGAAAACUCUUUGCAAUUUGAAAACGCCUCAGAAGUUGUCAACACCACCAAUUCAACUAGUGCGAGUUCCGAAUUGCCAAAAUACUUCUGCAAGGGCCGGAAUAACUCACUAGGCAACGGUUCUGUUGAGCAGAGGGUGAUAAUCGUUAAGGCAGACGAGCUGAUGCAGUGGAUUAACACGACAGAGGACAAUGAAACCGAUACUUGUGCAGUUGUACUGUUUUAUACUGAGUAUUGCCCAUUCUGUGCAAAGCUUGCUCCACUGUAUAAUGCUUUGGGCAGAGUUUACAACAAUCUUCCUGUUCUGGCAGUAGAUGCGUACAAGCAGCAUAGGUAAGGGACCUUAACAGUCUGUUCCUUUAGUAAUGAAAAUUAUUGGAUGGUGCUGGGUAUGAUAUGAAGAAUUACAAUCAAACCUGCAUUUAUAAGUGGUCACCCUGUCUGCAGAGUAUGGCAGAACUUGACAAGAUCUUGCGCGUGCAAGACUGUUUUCAGGCCCUUAUUGCUUAUACAUUAUUUAAAAAACUCACGCGUGCACCUGCCAUACUCUGCAGACUGGGUGGUCACCCUGGGGGAAUGGCCAACUGACUAACCAAAGAGUUGAUCAGGAAAAUAGAUGGUUGCAAGCAUAAUAUCCAUAACACAAUAAGUUGACCUCAAAGUGUUUCUUCCUGUUCUUGUGCCUAAAGGAAGAGGGUAAAUGAUCACUGAAUGCAAUGCUAAGGGUUUCUACUGCACUUGUAUUUUUGUUUGCAAAGUUACCGUUUGAUAGAUGUGAAAACAUUAAAAGGCAACUCAUUGGGACCAUGGGAAAGGUGACUGCUUAAUACAGCAAUUAAGGAAAAAGAUUUUCAGGACUUAAGAAAGUUACCACUCCCUUGACAGGAGGGGUGACCACUUAAUGCAGAUCCUUGUAAUACAGGUUUGACUCUCUGUGGGUCCUGACAGAUUUCUUCAAAAAGCAGUUUUUGUUGUUCAAGUAGUAAUAUUAAUAUACCCGUGCUUGAAGCAGUAAUUUAUUUUGGCUAUUUUAUCUUGCACACAAACUUGUGAAAUCUUCCAUGAUUUCCGCACCAAAACAACUGAUCCACCCAUGCUGCUGUGCUUGCAUUGGGUGAUACUGAUGGGUCUAUUGUUAUGUUCAUUACAAAUCAAUAUUGUGAAGUGAUAUCGCAAACAUCUUCCAAAUUUGGUCAGUGCUAGACCCAGCUGGUUAUGAAGAAUAAGGCGGAAGAUCCAAUCAGAAAGCGAAAAAUAAUUUAUUUUGAAUAAGGCUGGGUAUUAUCCCAGGGUGAGAUGGAAAUUUAUCAGUCAGUUUUCGUCAAAAGCAAUUUGCCUGAAAACACUUGUAGAAGGGUUUCUAGUACAUUUCUUUUUCUUCAAUUCUCUCACCCCAACUAAAGUUACCCUUCGAUCCAUCUGGCUCUUUUUAUUACCUACAGUGAAUACUCAGUGCCGAGCAUUGGCUUGGUUCCCUUUUAUGGCUCUGUAUUCUUGUACACAAUGCCAGAGGCAUACACGAAGGAGCCAUAGCAGCACGAGUUCAUGUUGGUUGCUGUAUAGUACCAGAGCAAGAAUUUCAUUCCUGUGAAAAAUCUUCCAACAGUGUCUUGUAAAUGCAGACAACCACUCAUUUUGGUAUAAAAUUGGCCUCCUUGUGGAGUGGAUUAGAUAGCUGGUCAUUUUCAUCCAUUCAAUACGGCAUUGCCAUAUUGGACCAUGGACUAGGAGAAAACUUUUACUGACAAAUGCUGCUAUGAGGGUGACCUGGCUAGGAGGGUCAACCCCUCUGGUGGAACCAACAGUUGGUUCCACCAGAGGGGUUGACCCUCCUAGAUGAAGAAAAAUGAGAAAUGAGAAACAAAUAGUUACUAUUUGUUUCUCAUUUAAAGAGUUUGCCAAGUUUUUGAAGCUAAUCGAGCGAUAUUCUGGUCACUGUUGUGCUAUAAAGGGAGCUUAAAGACUUACCAUAAGGCCAUUUACAGGUCGUACACAGCCUUCUGAUCCAGAUAUAAAAUAUUAGCUUGCGAAGUUCGGGCAUGUGCCGAAAGCAAAAUUUUGAGGGUUUAAAAAUGAGACUGCAGUCUUGACUUUUACUUUUCACUUUCUCUCCUCCCCUCUUUUUUUACUUUUCUUGCCUCAUUUUCUUUCUUUUGAGCACUGGGCAUUUAGUAGGCUUAGGAAAGCUUUUAGGAUCUUAGAAUUAAGGAAAGGAAAGGUAGGUGGGAAGUGGAACAAGAUUUUCAUGAAAUUUUUCUGGUCAAUGUUACAAGGGUUUUUGCCUUUUUCUCUGGUGUCCUUGACUAAAUUGUGCUCAUUCUGGUAUGAUUUGAAUGAUCUCUUCACUCUGCACAAGGUAGCGGACGAAGUUGUCCUUGACCGUUAAAACUGAUGAUCACAAGCAGUAGAAGGGACGUGGGUGGCUCGGGGGUAAAUGGCUUAAGGAAACGUAUGAAAAUUUGGCUAACACAGGGUAGCCAGGGAACCCUUUUACCCCGGAAAAGUCAGCUCAAACCAAGUGACUCAAAAAUAUGCAUAGGCCGUGCAGAAUAAUGAGGCCAAGGGUCAAGGCAAAAUUUUAUACAGGAUUCACUGUAAUUUAAACUGUAUAAAAUGAAAGAGUUCACAGUAAGUUGAUCUCAAGUCUUGCCAUUCUUGUUAUCUUUUCAGCUUAAAUACUCGGUUUGGAAUUGUUGCUGUGCCUACCAUCCUGUUAUUUCAUACAGGGAAGCCUGUUUUGAAAUUCAACAGUUCAGUUUCCUUGGAUGAUAUGAGAAACUUUAUCAAGAAUAACACAGGUAUGAUUUUUAUGUUUCUUAACAAUAUUGUACAUUAAUAUUUAAUUAACAUUUGUAAUUUAUAUUGGCAGUAAGGUAGUUUCCCAGUGGUGUGCUUUAAUAGUUUAUAGACCUUAAACCAAAGUUCCUUUUGUUGUAGGUGUUGAGGGAAAUUUCACGGUGCAGAUAUCUGAGGAAGAUUACCUUGGUCCACUAAAAAACAAACCAGUUGAUGAAACAGAUUUUUAUUUGCUACUCUCUGUGCUCUUUCUGUUCACAUUUGGGGUUGUCAUGUUUGGAAAAUCUAGUUACAGGCAGCUACUGUUGGAUAGGAUUCAAGCAAUCAACUGGCAGAGAUUUUUUCAUUGGUUCACCAGAGAGAAACAGGAGUAG